AUGACUUCAGUAACCCACAGAGACACUUUGGAGCAGGACGAGGCCGAACGCGCUGAGGACAGAGUAGUGAGGAGACACGGUGCGUUUCGCUCCAUGCUGCGCGGCCUCUUCUGGCCUUUCGGCAUCGUGGUACGUGCAUUCCGCGGGUUUUGGUGGGUGCUCGGCUUCCGGCAGCCACGGGAGAAAGCCCUCCAAGGCCCGGAGGUUUCCAGCCCGGCGCGCCAGAGCCUCGCCGGCCGCAAGCGCCUGCGCAGGGUCACCCGCCUGCUGCUGUCUGUCCUGCCCCGCUGGGCGCAGGGCGUCCUGGGAUACCCCGUGUCCAGCAACAUUGGGCGCUCCCUCUCCCCGGAAAUCAGAGUGUCUCCCACUAAACCUUGUGGAAAGGGCAGUAAGAGAAAGCAGGACGAGUUGGACGAGGAUGAGGAGGAAGAAGAGCAUCAGACCUGGGUGGAGGCGCUCACUCAGGAGCUUGCAGAUGACGACGGCCCUGAGGAGGAUCCUGAUUAUGAGCCCAGUACUGUAGAGACGGAGAGUGAAGAGUAUCGUUCGCACAAUAACACGGAAAGUGACAUCGAGAUUCAGGAGAAAGGCGUGGUCGUUAUUGAAGACGUGAACACGGUAAGACCUAUGGAGAUGCAGUGUUUAUGA